AUGAGUUUGUGGUUCAACGCGGCAUGGUGGCUUUUUGUGAUAGGCGUGUGCAGUUUGUUCGCUUUGCUUGCGCUGGCGGUCAUUUCUGCAGUGGCAGUCCGUUUCUAUUUCGAUGGUCUGCGUGUUCGCCAAAGCUCCAAAAUACCCGGAAGGCUGCUGGUUGGUUUUUUCCACCCGCACAGCACUGGUGGUGGAGGUGGUGAAAGAGUAUUAUGGACUAUGCUAAACGCGCUUAUGCACGAGUGGCCACAGGCCGACUUCAUUGUCUACACACACUGGUCGAAGGAAAAGGGUACAGCAACACAUGAUUCGGUGGAAAAGCUUGUGCUCGGUAAAUUUGGCAUCGCUCUGCCGCGGCCUGUGAAGAUUGUACAACUGCAAGGCGUGACAUGGAUUGAGCCAUCUUCGUAUCCGCGGCUGACGCUUCUACUACAAUCACUUGGUGCAGUACCGCUAGCAUACGAAGCGCUCAAGGCUCAGGUGCCUGACGUCUUUGUCGACUCCCAGGGUCUCGCUCUAUCUUAUCCGCUCGCGAGCUUCUGCUGCCGCUGCAAGGUUGCGAGCUACGUGCACUAUCCGGUGGUCUCCUCCGACAUGUUGGCGGCCGUUAGAGAGCGGCAGGCGAAGUUCAAUAACUCUGGCGCAGUUGCGCGCAGCCCGUUACUCACAAGAGGGGAUGCGAAGAUAUUAUACUACAGGGCCUUUGCCAAGAUCUACGGAUAUGCAGGCCGACAUUGCGACGUGGUCAUGGUCAACAGCUCUUGGACAAAAGGACACAUCGUGGAGAUUUGGGGGCUGUCACCUGCGAUGGUGCACCGGGUCUACCCACCCUGCGAUGUUGCGAAGUUGGUUUCUUUGGGCAAUGUUGAGAAGGAGCUGGCUAUUGUCUCGGUCGCGCAAUUUCGCCCUGAGAAGGAUCAUCCUCUGCAGCUGCAAGCGUUCAAACUCGUUCUGGACAGGUUAAGUCUGCCGAAUCUGCGUUUACACCUCGUUGGUGGUGUUCGCAACGAAGAGGACAAAGAGCGCGUCAGGAUACUUCGGCAAAUGGCAAUCGACUUGAACAUAGCGGGACAAGUAGAUUUUCAUGUCGACAUGCCAUACGCCGAUCUUUUGUCGAUGUUGGGUCGCUCCGCUUUUGGCCUACACACCAUGCGUGACGAACAUUUCGGUAUCGUCGUUGUGGAAUACAUGGCGGCAGGGUGUGUACCAGUAGCGCACAACUCAGCUGGACCAAAGAUGGACAUUGUUCAGGACGGGUGCGGGUUCUUGGCGGAGAGCGCAGAGGAGUUUGCUGACAAGAUAAUCAAGCUCCUGUCUAUGCCUCCAAGCGAUCUUGCCGAGAUGCGCCAACGCGGGAAACAGGCAUCCCAGCGAUUUACUGAGCAGGUGUUUUCCCAGGGUGUUUGCGAAGCCAUGGCCUCUUUGAGUGAUAGGAGCACGGCGCCCUUCCAAUAG